AUGUCGACUAAUGAUAAACUAGGAUAUUUAAAGAGUAGAGAAUAGGAAUUACUCUAAAUGAAUCAAGAAAUUGAAAAGAAAAGAAAAAAUUUUGUAGAUAAUCAAAAAAAGACAAAUAGCAGGACUCAAAUUGAAGACAAUUAUAAUGAUUUUGAAUAAUAAGAAUAAUAAAAUUAGUAAAAUGCUAUUAAUUAACAAAGGAGAUAAGAAAACUAAAAGGAUUUGAUUGAUAAAAUAGAAGAAAUAAAAAAGAAAAAUGAAUUAGAACUUAUAUAAAAAAUUGCUAGAUUAAGAUAAUUACAAGCCGAAUAAGAAGAAGAAAUUGAAAGAGAAAAGUAAGCAAUUGCAGAUAGCGAAAACCAUGCAAAUAGUUUGAGUUCAAGACUUUUAGAAGUAGAAUCUUAAAUAAAUGAGCUUGAAGGAAAAGGAAAAGUUCUUUCAGAAAAUUAAAAAUAAUUUGUUAGUUAAAUUCAAUAAAUAACUGAAAAAUAUGAAGGGAUUAAAUAACAAGCAAAAGAUGCUAAAUAUAAAUUAGAAGUUUCUCAAAGAGAAAAGUAGCUCUAGCUGAAAGAAUUAGAAGAAUAAAAAGAAAAUAUUAAUAAAAUAGAAUAGGGAUUAAUUAAAAAAGAAGCUAAAAUUUAAAAGUUAACAGAUGAUUUAGAAAACUUUAAAGUAGAAUAAAAGGAAAAGAGUGUAAUUUAAAAAGAGGUUAAUGAUGAUUUAAAAAAAUAAAAUGAAAAAUUAGUUAUAGAAUCUAAAAGGUUAGAAAGAUAGAAAUAAGAAUUAAUUUAGGCAUUUAAAAAAUAGCAAAAGCUAAUUGAACUAUUAAAAAAAUAAAAAACACAUUUAGAAAUAGCUAGAUCUCUAAAUCUCACUGAAGAAGAAUACAUUAAAGCAGUAGAUUUAGGUGAAAAGCUUUGA